AUGAGUUUCUAAGAGAUGUCUAAGCAAAUAGAGGACAUGACUAAUUUUCUUUUAGAAUAGAGCGAUGAAAGCUUAGUAAAUACAUCUCCUACGAAUCGCGAAUAAAUAAAUCUUAUCAUCAAUGAUCACAAAGUGAAAUAGAGAGUUAAUACAAUGUUGAAACAGAAGAGUAGACAAUAUCCGCAUUAAUAUUUAACUGUGGAAUUAUCAAGUGAAGACAAUUAUGAAAUUGAGCUGGAUUAAGAAGAUAUUAAAUAAGUUUGUGAAAAUUUUGGAGAAGUCAAAUAAGUCUACACCAAACUAAAUGGAGCAAUAAUAAUUAAGUUCAAUUCACUUUUUGAUGCUUUUAUUGUUUAUAAGCUUUUAAACAAACAUUAAAUAAAAGAGUUGGAUGUCACUAUCAAAAUUGAAUUUACUACCUAGUAGGAUCUGUUGGAAAUCAUGGAGAUCCAGGACUCUAAUUAAUAAAAAUUUACAUGUCGCUAUGAUGUUUAAAUUGAUAAUGAUAAAGAAUUUUAAGUUGCUCGCAAAAUCAUAGGUACCAAAGGAUGCAAUAUGAAAAAGAUUAUUGAUUAGUGCUUGAUAGAUUGUGAUACAAAAGAACAAGAUCUUGUUAAACUCAGAUUAAGAGGAAGAGGUUCAGGGUACAAAGAAGGUCCUGAAAAAAGAGAAUCAUAAGAACCUCUUCAUUUAUGUGUGUCAUCCAAACACAAUCAUUUAUUUUUGAGAGCCUGUUAAUUGGUUGAAUAAUUACUUUUAAAAAUCUAUGAGGAAUAUAAAAUAUUUGGGCUAAAUAAGGGACGCAAAUAAACACAUUACAACAUUAGAAGGGUUCACUAAUCAAUAAAACCUUAAAUAAAAACCAACUUUAUGCCUGAAUUACCAAACUUUAAUUUCUCAAAUGUAUUAUCAUAUUUUAGCUUUUAGAAUUAAUUUGUUGAUUUUAACAAUGAAAACAUAAUGGCAUAUUCCAACAUACCUAAUUAAUUAAUAUGA